GAGGAGAAGUUUCUGCGCCGCAGAGAUAGACGGUCACCGUCGCCAAGCGGUCUAAAAAAUGAGGGCCGCCAACUCCGCUAGAGCUUUCUUAUUUUUACAAAUUAUUCUCUCCUCGUUUGCGAAGACCCCGACUGUGAGGCUUUCCGUUCCCGAGGGUCAUUACAUCAUCCUGAUGUGCCCUGGCCACGAGCCCACAGACUCCGCUCCCCUGGAGUGGAGGGAUGGGGACGGACGGGUCCUGACCACCUGGCAGGGGCACACGGCAGCCAGCGCUAAAGCGGGCAGGUACAGCCACCUGGCGGACGGCUCCCUCUUCAUCACAGACCUCCAGCCGGGGGAUUCCGGAGAGUUCCGCUGCGGCGACCAGGUGGCGGCCGAUGUGGAGGUCCUGACAGGUGAAGAAUACGCGGUCAGCGCCGGCAGAACCGUGCUGAUCCCCUGCAAAGUCACCGACAAACAGAAACAGAAGUGGACGUUCCGGAAGAGCAAGCGUUCGGAACGCCGGACCGUCUUCGUCAGGUUUCGGAACGGAACGCUUAGGAAGGAGGCCGAAGACCCGCGGAACCGCCUCUCGCACACGAAGGACAACGCGCUCCGCAUAUCCGACCUCCGGCCCAGCGACGCGGGGGAAUACUGGUGCAACGGCAAAAAGGCGGCCAUUUUAACCGUGAGGACAGGUGUGCAGAACCAAAGCGAGGUCGAAUACUGCUUGGCUCAGAAGCCGCAGAGCUCCAGAGAAGGUGGCACUGAAGCCGCAGAGCUCCAGAGAAGGUGGCACUGA